AUGUCGUCGGAUGAGAGUCAGGAUGAGGAAGUCCAGUUCACCUUCACAGAAGAACAGCUCCUGAUUCUUCAUGAGGAGAAAGAUUCUUACUGCGACACCAAGAAGAAGCUCCAUCAAAAAAAAGUUAAUGAAAUUUUCAAGUGCAUGAAGGCCUUGGAUAAUGAAGACAAGGAAAUCAGUUCAAAGAAGGAUGCUGUUCUUAUGGCUAUUUUAGCCUGGCUUCAACACUAUGCCCAAAGGAAGACCAAGGAGAAGGGCUUUCUGGAACCAUGGACAUUGCGGAGGGUUGUUGGAAUUGAGCGUGAACCAGAUGUCCUGCGAGUUCGUGACUGGAAAUUUGCUGAGGUGCAAAGGGCGGAGUCCGCCAAAGUGAAUGAAGAUGGGACUGAUGGAGAUGACGAGAAUGAAGCUUCCAACCAAGCAAAGAAGAAGCCAAAUGCGAAAAAGCGUCACCAGAAGGACAAGGCGUUCAAUUACUAUCAAGCAGCAGUUAGCAAGGUCAUGGUAAACAUCACCUGGUUUGACCAAAAGUGA